CAGAGAGAUAAAGCACAUUUCCAAAAUGGGUAAUUUCCUGAAGAUUUACAUUGUGCUGUUCUGUGUCUUGUAUGCUGUUACUGGUGACUAUCUGAUAGAGGGACUGAGAAACAUCCAGAAAAGAAGCACUGGACAGACGGUGGAUGACAUAGAAGUCUACAGUAUAGAUAUCAAGAGUAAAGUGAUAUUACGCUUUGCCCAUAAUGUCAUCACAAGCAGAGCUGUUAAUCGGGCCAACAUAUCAAAGGAAGUCUUGUUUGAUGUGGAUCUGCCAAAAUCAGCUUUUAUAACUAAUUUCAGCAUGGUAAUUGAUGGAGUGACGUAUGCCGGGGAAAUAAAGGAAAAGGAGGUUGCUAAAAAGCAGUAUGAAAAAGCUGUUUCAAAAGGACAGACAGCCGGACUUGUCAGGGCAUCUGGCAGAAAGACCGAGAAGUUCACUGUGUCCGUCAAUGUGGCGUCACAAAGUAAAGUUACCUUUGAGCUGGUUUAUGAAGAAAUGCUAAAACGUCACUCUGGGAAAUAUGAAAUGUUCAUCAAAAUUCAACCAAAAGCAAUUGUCAAAACCUUCCAGAUUGAAGUAGAUCUACAUGAGCCACAAGGCAUCAGCUUUCUAGAUGCUCAAGCGACUUUCAUUACAAAUGACUUGCUGCCAGCCAUUAAAAAAUCUUUUUCUGGAGAAAAGGGCCAGGUUUCUUUUAAACCUACAAUAGAUCAGCAACGAUCCUGUGCUAAUUGUUCAACAACACUACUGAAUGGGGAUUUUACAGUGACGUAUGAUGUUAAUCGGGAAUCUCCUGGAAACAUACAGGUUGUGAAUGGAUAUUUUGUUAAUUUUUUUGCACCCACUAAAUUAGCUGGUGUACCAAAGAAUGUAAUUUACGUCAUAGACAGAAGUGGAUCAAUGUCGUAUAGAAAAAUGCAACAGGCACAAGAAUCCCUGAUUAAAAUUCUAAAUGACACUUCAACGCACGAUUACAUUAAUUUCAUAGAAUUUGAUGAUACUAUAAAUGUAUGGAAAGAUUCCUUAGUGAAAGCGACUCCAGAGAACAUUGAAGAGGCCAAACAGUAUGUCAAAUCCAUUAGAAGUAGAGGCGUCACAAACAUCAAUGAUCCCCUAAUGAAGGCUGUCCAGCUGCUGAAUAAAGCUCAUGAAUCUAAAGAGGUUCCCGAGAGAAGUAUUUCCCUAAUUAUCCUGCUGACUGAUGGUGAAGCCAACGCAGGUGAAUCUAACCCUGCAAGAAUCCAGGAGAAUGUAAAGAAUGCAAUUCGUGGGAAAUAUACCCUGUACUCGCUUGGUUUCGGCUAUGGAGUUGAUUAUGCUUUUCUAGAGAAGUUGGCCUUGGAAAACUCAGGUGUUGCCAGACGUAUUUAUGAGGACUCGGAUGCAGCCUUGCAGUUAGAAGGAUUUUAUAGGGAAAUCGCAAACCCAACAUUGAUGGACAUUGAAAUGCAAUAUCCUGAGAAUUCCGUAGCUGACCUCACUAAGAACAACUUCAAGCAUUACUUCGAGGGUGAUGAAAUCGUAGUUGUCGGACGUGUAACUGACAAUGACUUGAACUCAUUUAUUGUAGAUGUAAAGGCAGAAGGGGCCAAUAAUUCCCUGAAAUAUACAGAAAAUGUUCAGCUCCGAGAACAGGAUGACGUACGAAAGCAGCAGGAAUACAUUUUUGGUGACUUCACAGAGAGACUCUGGGCUUACCUCACUAUACAGCAGCUGCUGGAGAAACGAAUUUAUGCUGACCCUUCAGAGAAAGCCAACCUGACAGCACAGGCGCUUGACCUCUCCCUGAAGUUUAAGUUUGUGACUCCUCUGACAUCGAUGAUAGUCAUAAAACCAGAGGAGAAAGAGAAGGAAGCAGAAACAUUAAUUGCUGAUAAAUUUGUGGACGGACAAACACAAGGGCAAACAUAUGCCCCUACAAGAGCACAUUCUGCAGCAUCACCAAGUUACUCCUAUCAGUCUGCUGCUUCUCCUCCAUCAAAUUGGGUUGACUCAGAUCCCCAUUUUGUGAUAAAUGUCCCACACAAGAAGGACGCGCUCUGCUUUAAUAUUCAAGAGGAUCCCGGUGUGGUGCUGAAUCUUAUUGAGGACCAAGAACUAGGCAUUGCAGUAAAUGGGGAACUUAAUGGGAACAAGAAAACUGGCAACAAUAUAGUAUCAAAUGAAACCUAUUUUGGAAGACUGGGGAUUGUAAACAGAGAGAUGAGACUGAGAAUUGAGGUGACCCCUGAGAUAAUCAUAAUCCUCAAUCAUAAGAACAGGAAAACAUUCACAUGGAAGAAAAUAAUAUCUAUAAACACGGAUGGGUUUAAUAUGGAAAUCAACAAGGAAACAAAUGUGACAUUUUCAUUUGGAGAAGGGGCGACAUUUGUAAUCAUUUUGCAUAGAGCCUGGAAAAAUCACCCUCUCCACAGGGAUUUCUUAGGAUUUUAUACUUUGGAUGAUCAUACAUUUUCUGCAGGCGUUCAUGGACUACUUGGACAAUUUUUUCACGGCAUCAAUUAUGAAAUUUCCAAUAUUCACAAAACGGACAAUCCUGAAAAGCCAGACGCGACAAUGAAAGUGAAGAAUAAACUACUGACAGUGACAAGGGGUGUACAAAAUGACUACAGAAAAGACCCCAGGAAUGGCAGUAAGGUUCCAUGCUGGUUUGUUCAUUCCAAUGCAGAAGGAUUGAUUGAUGGAAAUCACAAAGAUUAUAUUGUACCUGAUAUCUUCAGCAUCGCCUAGUGGAAUUAGAGAUCAAGAAAAAUGACUUUUAUUAUAUGCUUUUAUUAAUUAACCAGUAAAUAAAUAUUGUUGUGAUUAAAUGAACUGCUUUGAAGUGCACCUGCUUGUCUCACAUAUAACCAAACUGAUAAUAGGAUUUUAAUUACCUACCGGUAAAUCCUUUUCUCGUAGUCCAUAAGGGAUAUUGGGGAAUUAGCUCCUCCCCUCUAUGCCCCCUCCCACAGGCAGUUAUAGGUAAAAUAGUCCCCGAAGGAGAAUGGACAUACUUGAGAGAAGGAACAUAACAACCAGUGGUGAGAUUCACACACCAGCACACCUAUAACAUAAAACGACCAGCAACGGCUGGUAACAAAACAGCAACAGCUGAAGAGGUAACCAUAUAAGAGAAAACCUGCAGGAAAGUCAAUGCACUGAAGUGGGCGCCCAAUGGGGGUCAUUCCGAGUUGUUCGCAAUUUUUUACGUUCGCAAAUGGCAUAUGCACAACUGCAAACACAUCGCACAAUUGCGAACAUACACCCACUACGCAGUUUGGCAAACCCAUACGCACUAAUACACAAAGUAGGCGUAUAUUAGCAUCGCAGUAAUGCGAUCUGAUCGCAUUGCUACAAAAUGCAUCAUAAAAACCACAACUCAUCGUACAUGUGCACAACCUUCGCAAUAAUGCACAUGCUAUGUUCUUUUGCUAUAAAUCGCACAGCAAUGUUUUUUUCCCCCCUAUGUGUUGUAACUCUUCAACCCUUCCUCAAUUAAGAAACCAAUUAGUGUAAUGAUUUCUAAUAGUAUUGAACAAUUAAGUCUUCAAAGAAUUCCUGCAGAACACUUUGUAGGCAUAAUUGUCCAUUAUCUGGUUUUUUAAUUUAAACCAAAUUGUUACAGAUGUCUAAACUGUGCAUUAACCAGGCCUGUCCUAAUGUAAAGUUUCUGUUUUUUUGUGUUGAGGUGUAGUGUGUGUAUAAAUGUGUUUAUUGUUUUUUUAAAAAUAUUCAUCUCCUAACUGUCAUACUUCUUUCCCCCCCCCCCCCGAUUCUUAAGUAAUUUCAAAUAAAUGUUUAAGAUUCCCAAUUA